AUGGGUGCUGCGUGCUGUGGCUCUAAACAUGAAGUUGUACAGCCGACAACUAUAGAUCCGCCACCUCGAGACGAUGGUGCACUAAAACGGUCUCUUAAAAUUGGUAUCAAUCAGAACGAUCAGUCGAAACUUAUUGAUGGCUAUCAAUACGAACCAAUUGUGUCACUCGAAGAAGCUCUUCAAUCGUUUCACGGUCAAAUCGAUCGAUUAGCUGCUAACAUCAAAGAAGCCAAGACCCGCUGCCAUUUUCCGUCCGAACACAAUCUUACUCGUGACGAAUCAGCUGCUAUCUAUAUUUAUACAAUGAGAUGGGCUGAUCAAUGUGUCUUUGAUCAUUUGCAGACAGCAUGGAAGUCUGAAGAUCGAGCUCAAUUGCAACCAUGGUUCAAGUAUCUCAGAUUAUUCCGGAGUGGACUUAACAAAUUACCGAAUGCAAAGAAAGAAGUUUGGCAGGGGGCUGCCUUUGAUCAUCGAUUCAUGGAUAAACUGGAGGCAAAUCCAGUUGUCUAUACUACUAUGGGCUCAUGCUUAGUAGCGCCCGAUGAGCUUAAAGAGUUUCUUCGUGAACAUGCUGGUAAAAAGAUUAUUCUCGUUGGUUAUGGAUUGAUUGAUGCAAGAGCAGCAACUGCUUAUACAGCCCAUCAAUCAAAGGAAUAUAUAGUAUGGCCGGGUACAAAAUUAGGUGUAGCAGAAUAUCUCGUGUCUGAAGAUGAUGGUUCAGUGACUCUGCAUAUGGUAGGGCAGCCAAAUAAACCUGAACAACCAAUACAACAAUCGAGACCACUACCAAAGCUCAAGGAAAAGGAAGUCCCGAAACACUUUAAAUGUGCAAAUACACCUUUUAGUCCCUGUUCACUUUCCAUGCGAUAUUUGAUUAUAUUAUAA